AGCGAAAAUAAGGGCAAAAUCGAAAUACGCUUGGCAGUUAAGCUUCGCUAUCCUUAACCUCCUCCUUCUUCUUCCUCUCUUCAUAAUUUCCAUUUGUUUCUCGCUCUUCUUUUUGUUUUUAGAAAUUCUGACUCAAACGUCUGACAAAUAUAAUGUUCUCUUCUGCUUUCGUACAACCCCAAUCUUGAUUCUGAUUAGAUCUAUCUUGCUCUCAUAUUUUCAGAUCUGUAUCUCUUAACUCAAGAAAAAAACUUUUUUUGAUUUUUUUUUUUUGUUUUAGCCAUGGAAAUGGCUCCAAUUUCCUCGAGUCCUCGUACUGUAGAAGACAUUUUUAAAGAUUAUAGUGAUCGUAGAGCUGGUAUCGUCAGAGCUCUAACUUAUGAUGUUGAUGAGUUUUACGCCCUCUGUGAUCCAGAAAAGGAGAAUUUGUGUUUAUAUGGUCAUGCGAAUGAGAGUUGGGAAGUUACUCUACCAGCUGAAGAAGUACCACCGGAGCUACCUGAACCAGCUUUGGGGAUUAAUUUUGCUAGAGAUGGAAUGAACCGUAGGGAUUGGCUUUCCCUAGUUGCUGUUCACAGUGAUUCUUGGUUGCUUUCUGUUGCUUUCUAUCUUGGAGCUCGGUUUAACCGUAAUGAGAGGAAGCGUCUUUUCAGCUUAAUCAAUGAUAUGCCCACUGUCUACGAAGUUGUAGCAGAAAGGAAGCCUGCAAAGGAAAAGCCUAGUGUGGAUAGUGGAAGCAAAUCUCGACUCAGCACAAAGAGAUCUAAUGACGGACAGGUGGUAAAACACAAUUCCAAACAUGCUGACGAAGCUUAUGGAGAGGAUGAGGACGAACACAGUGAAACCCUUUGUGGAAGUUGUGGGGGUAAUUACAAUGCAGAUGAGUUUUGGAUUGGGUGCGAUAUUUGCGAGAAGUGGUUCCACGGAAAGUGUGUAAAGAUAACACCUGCUAAAGCUGAGACAAUAAAGCAGUACAAAUGUCCUUCCUGUAGCAGCAUGAAGAGAGGCAGGCAGUUGUAGAGUCACACACAGACGGUGACCCAGGGGUGGGAUAGUUACCACAAACAUAUGGUGGCUGACAUUGUAGUAGAUUAGCUGUAGUAGCAUCAUCUAAGUAAAGGACUGGGGGUCUUUUUUUUUUCUUUUUUGCCUCUCUUCUCUUCUUUAUUAGCUAAUUUCUGGUGUUGUGGUUUAUAUUAUAUAUGACCAAUGCUUUUAGGAGGGGGAUUACUUCCGAGAGAGUACUCUUUAUCUCUGCUUAUUUUCUUCAUUCUCUAUAUAUUGUUAGAUUGUUGUAUAACUUACUAUUUGCUUAUAUACUGGGGGUGAUGAAGAAAUUAACCUUGCUGCUAGGUUUGCUGA